AUGUCUGAAGUACCCAAACCAACAGCACUAGUAAAUACAACACCACGUUUGCCACGGGUAGAAAUUGAAUUUUGCACAAAAUGUCGUUGGUUACUGCGCGCUGGUUGGAUGGCCCAAGAGUUACUAGUCACAUUUUCUAACACCCUCGGAGAAGUGGCAUUAGUGCCUGGUACAGACGCUGUGUUUCGGGUGGUGCUUGAUGGAGAAUUAGUAUGGGAUCGAAAAGAACAAGGUGGAUUUCCGGAAUUAAAAGAAUUGAAACAACGUGUACGUGAUCGAGUUGCACCUGGUAUGGAUCUUGGACAUAGUGAUGUGAAAAAGACUGAGGGAAAUACAGCGUGUGAAACGUGUGAUAAAUAG